AUGGCUGAGGAACACACCAUGUCCAACGAGGAGUGGGAGGAGGUCUCUCAAGACAUCCCCUCACUCUCCGAACCUCACCUCCAGCAGUAUCUUACAGGCCGCGCAAACCUGAUAAGCCAAGAGAAAAAGUCUCGUUCGGAUGCUUCUUUUAGGGCAUCUCUCUCACCUAUUGCGCAGCGCGCCUGUGACAUUGUUGACCGCAUCCGUGAUCAAGAAAAUGACAAGGUCUGGACUCCUCAAGUUGAGGAGGAGCUCGCCCAAUCUCGGAAUGAGCGCAUCUUCCCAGGAAUGAUGUUCAUGCUCGCAAAAGACCGCAUGGAGAAGACUAACCUGUGGAAGAUCGUUCGCCGUAUGCCAAAGGGUGCUCUGCUUCACGCCCACAUGGAUGCCAUGGUCAACUUUGACUUUCUCUUCGAUCAGCUUCUCAGUCUUCCAGGCAUGCACAUUAGCAGCGAUCAACCCCUGAACACUGAUAACUCCAGGGAGGAUGCAACUCCCAGCUUCCGAUACAGGAAGCAGACUGACGCUGAGACAUCCAUCUGGGAUGAGAAUUACAAGCCCGGCACAUUCGCUCUAUUGACAAAGGCAGCUGAUGAGUUCCCAAAUGGUGGAAGAACCGGUUUCCUCAAGUGGCUCAAGGGCAGAUGCACUCUCUCCGUUACAGACAGCCACGAGCAACAUCACGGUAUUGAUGCCAUCUGGGAAAAAUUUGUCAAGUGUUUCAUGGUUUGUGCUACCAUCAUUCACUACGAACCCAUGUAUCGAGCGUUCCUUCGAAAGCUCAUGGAGACCCUCAAAGACGACGGUGUGAACUGGGCUGAGCUUCGUAUCACUUGGCCACUUAACUACUGCCGUGAUCAGCAAGAAGAGCCCGAGAAGGACUACAUUCACAUGUUUGAGACUCUUCAAGAAGAGAUUAACAACUUCAAGAAAUCACCCGAAGGAAAGGGUUUCUGGGGUCUCACCACCAUCUGGACAUCUCUACGCAGCUGGCCUACUCGCUUGAUCGUUGAGAACAUGGACUGCUGUAUCGCCACCAAGAUAGAAUUCCCUGAACUUAUCGCUGGCUACGACCUGGUCGGGCCCGAGGAUCUGGGUCGACCCCUAUCCGACGUUCUCCCCGAGCUGUUCUGGUUCCGUAAGCAGUGUGCUAUGGAAGGCGUCAACCUCCCUUUCUUCUUCCAUGCUGGAGAGACACUUGGCGACGGUACUGACACCGACUCCAAUGUUUUUGAUGCGAUCCUAUUGGGAACCCGACGUAUUGGUCAUGGAUUCAGUCUUUUCAAGCACCCCCUUCUCAUCGAUAUGGUCAAGGAGAAGCGCAUUCUUAUCGAGUCAUGCCCCAUCUCCAACGAAGUCCUCCGCCUCACUGGCUCUGUAACAGCCCAUCCCCUGCCAGCUCUCCUGGCCCGUGGCGUCGCUUGCAGUCUGUGUAACGAUGAUCCCGCUAUGCUCGGGCAAGACACAGCCGGCAUGUCGCACGACUUUUUCCAGGCCCUCCAAGGGUGGAAGAACCUUGGUCUCGCAGGCCUCGGCAGUCUAGCCGAGAACAGUGUCCGAUGGGCUGCCUUUGAGAACCAGAACCAGACCGAGUGGAUGGAGGGCAUCAAGCAGGCUAGCCUGGGUGGCACCCUCAAGGCCAAGAGGAUGCAAGAGUGGCAGAUCGAGUGGGAGAAGUUCUGUCUCUGGAUUGUCGAGGAGUUUGGAGACGAAUUCGGCGAUGAGGCAAAGGAAGGUGCCGAGGAAAAGGCAAAGACCGCCGAUGCUUAG